CCACUUUGGAGGAUCUCAGCUUCGGGGUGCCCAUGGCCUUCGCCAUCGCCAUUCACAACAUCCCCGAAGGUUUGGCAGUGGCUGCGCCAAUCUUGAAGGCCACGAAUUCCAAGUGCAAGGCCUUUUUCUGGGCCUUCCUGUCCGGAAUGUCCGAGCCUUUAGGUGGUCUCUUGGCAUGGCUGGUGUUGAAGGAGAUAGUUGGCCCAGUGACCUUUGCCAUUCUCUUUGGCAUCAUCGGUGGUGUCAUGAUCCACAUUUCCUUCCAGAAGCUACUGCCGACUGCGCUGAAAUAUGAUCCGGAGAACAAAUACACCGCGUACUCCUUCUUUGUUGGAAUGGCUGUGAUGGCUGCUUCUUUGGUUGUCUUUGGGUACUGAUUCAUCAGCCAUCAGUCUCAGUCUCUUAUCUUGGAUGUGCAUCCCACG